AUGGCGGCGCCCGUCCUAAAGUGCCCCUCGGCAGAGACGAUCCGAAACGCCGCGCAAACGCAAUCGCUCUGCAGCGGGGAUCGAAGAGCGGCCACCUUCACAUUUCUAGUCUGCAGCGGGUUUAUUCUCCCGGAAUAAAUAUGAAGCAUCAAACGCGGCUGACAAAAGAAAUGCUGUCCUCCUGCGACGCCUGGUUCCGCCUAUCCAACGGUGUAAUGGCGCUGUUCUUUGCAAUGGCGUCGUACGUACAGCUCAACGAUCCCGACGCUAUGAUUUGGAUCGUGGCAUACGCACUUCCAUGCUUUGCCAGUGUCGGUGAAGCCCUGGGAGCUUCCUGGUGGUCACGGCAACUUCGCAUAUUCUUGACAAGCGCUGCCGCUUUGCUCUCGGGUAGCCUUCUGGUGGUGAGCGUCUGGUUUUGGCUCCGGGACGCCACCUGCAUUGGGUUCAACCCGGUCGUCUGCGAGGCCGGACGCGAGUCCGGCGGUUCGGCGAUUGCACUCAUCUGGCUGCUACUACUGCGACGAGACACCGAAACCGUCGGUUGGAAACGAGCUACCAUAUCAGCAACGCUAAGCCUUCUUCCCGUGGCCAUAUGGAUUGCGUUGCUAAUGGGCGACGGAAUCAAGCACAUGUGCAGCAGCGACACCACGUAGCACCGAAAGAUUUGGUAAAAUGAGAAAAUCUAGCAUUAUAAUUCGUUAAGACAUGCCUGGCCCUGCUUCAAGUCAAACUGGUUACUCAACACGCAGCUGUUGCGGAGUCUUUUAAUUAGUUAGCGCACGACUGAAUAACGAGCGGAGGACAUGUACCAAGCGCAGAUUUAUUUAUGUACGUCUAUUACUUAUUUAAAUAUUUAUUUCUUCAUUCACUUAUUUUAGUAAUACCCUCCGAGCCAGGGGCUUUAUUGAUAGGAGUGGUUACAUCGUUUCAGUAACCUAUAAGAUUUUAGAUUAGUGCAUGAUUAUGUAAUUGAAAGGAAUAAAUGUCAU